CCAGAUGCAGCUUCGCCAUUGCAUCAGUUCUAGUGAGGUAGCACUAGCUAGCAGCCAUGGGUAACAAUGGUGUGUGGUGUGUCCUGUUAGUGGGGCUUCUCCUGGUUGCAUCGGUGGAGGGAGAUGACUGGAGUGCGCAUCUUAAUCUCAAGCCUUCUGCUGGAGAAGCGGGAGGAGUUAUGGUAGCCAAGGGAAGUCUACCUGAUGUCCGGUUCUCCAUCUGCGACGUCUGGUGCGAGGACAGGCGCCCAAACGUCAACCACAGACUCUGCGUCCAAAAUCUGUGCCCCUAUGACAAGACCCCAAAGCGUUUUUCUGCUGGAGAAGCGAGAGGAGCCAUGUUAGCUAAGGGAGGUCUGCCUGCUGUGCGGUUGUCCAUCUGCGACGUCUGGUGCGAGGAUGUGCACCCAAACAUGAACCACAGACUCUGCAUCCAGAAUCUGUGCCCCUAUGACAAGACCCCUAGGCAUUUUUCUGCUGGAGAAGUGAGAGGAGCCAUGUUAGCUAAGGGAGGUCUGCCUGCUGUGCGGUUGUCCAUCUGCGACGUCUGGUGCGAGGAUGUGCACCCAAACAUGAACCACAGACUCUGCAUCCAGAAUCUGUGCCCCUAUGACAAGACCCCUAGGCAUUUUUCUGCUGGAGAAGUGAGAGGAGCCAUGUUAGCUAAGGGAGGUCUGCCUGCUGUGCGGUUGUCCAUCUGCGACGUCUGGUGCGAGGACGUGCACCCAAACAUGAACCACAGACUCUGCAUCCAGAAUCUGUGCCCCUAUGACAAGACCCCUAGGGUAAAGCUCACCUCCAACGACCUACUGUCUGCGUGAGGCUGACCCCGUAGACUGCUACAACUCCAAGUGCGUUUGACCAUCUCGCCCGGGAAUCCAAGUACAGGAAGACGCAACAAUUCACCAAACCUAGGCGGCCACUGUUUCCGUUUUGUAGCUAGACGAAGAAGAAGAAGACAACUCCAAAAUAACUUCAUGUUUUUUCCAACCACUGUUUCCGUUUUCAGUCAUCAUGUAGUGGUACGUAUCCAUGCAUGUUGUUGUUGGCCACUAGGCCCAGUGUGUUUAGCUAAAUGGUUUGUAAUAAGGAGACUGGAAUAAAGGGAUACGCUUCUGCUUC